GUGGUGGUUAGGGACUACUUUUUUCCGGUUGGGAAGAAGUCCCGGACCCGGGGCACCGCUGCCUCGUUGGGUCCUGGGGUUCUCGCUUUCAGAGCAGAUUUGAAAUUGGAACCGUCCCGGGCGCGCGCUGCUCCACUUGGCCUCCGAGGCGCGCGCCCUCUUGACCCCCCCCCCCCUCCCCAACCAACUAACCCUGUGCACGCGCACCGCCUCUCACCAGCACACACACCCCCUCUCUCUCCUCCUCAUCCCCCUCCUUAAAAUGGCCGAGGAGCAGGAGCUGAUCAGCGCGUCCGAGUUCAGCAAAGAUCGUUUGUACUUCGCAACUCUGAGAAACAAGCCGAAAAGUACAGUCAAUACACAUUACUUCUGCACUGACGAGGAGCUGGUUUACGAAAAUUUCUAUGCAGAUUUCGGACCGCUCAACCUGGCCCAACUGUAUCGUUAUUGCUGCAAACUUAACAAGAAAUUGAAAUCAUUUACUUUGUCAAGGAAAAAGAUUGUCCACUACACCAGUUUUGAUCAACGAAAACGAGCUAAUGCAGCAUUCCUAAUUGGUGCCUAUUCAGUCAUUUACCUUCAAAAAACACCAGAAGAGGCCUACAGAUCUCUUGCAGCAGGAAAGAACCCUCCUUAUCUGCCAUUCAGAGAUGCCUCCUUUGGAAACCCCACCUAUCACCUAACCAUUCUCGAUUGUUUACAUGCAAUCAAUCAGGCCCUCCAACAUGGCUUUCUUAAUUUUGAAAAAUUUGAUGUGGAUGAAUAUGAGCACUAUGAGCGUGUAGAAAAUGGUGAUAUUAACUGGAUCAUUCCUGGCAAGUUUCUGGCUUUCAGUGGACCCCACCCAAAAAGCAAAGUUGAAAAUGGUUACCCUCUCCAUGCACCAGAAGCAUAUUUUCCGUACUUCAGGAAACAUGGCGUUACCACAAUCAUAAGACUUAACAAGAAAAUUUAUGAUGCUAAACGCUUCACGGACGCUGGGUUUGAACACUACGACCUUUUCUUCGUUGAUGGAAGCACGCCAAGUGAUUCCAUAGUGAAAAGGUUUUUAACGAUAUGUGAAAAUGAAGAAGGAGCUAUUGCUAUACAUUGCAAAGCUGGUUUAGGAAGAACAGGUACACUCAUAGCCUGUUACAUAAUGAAACACUACAGAUUCACUGCAGCAGAAGCCAUAGGAUGGAUUAGGAUAUGUCGACCAGGGUCUAUAAUAGGUCCACAGCAGCACUUCUUGGAGGAGAAGCAAGGCCACAUGUGGCUCGAAGGUGAUAUUUAUAGGUCCUUGAAAAAACGGCAAUGUACUGAUAAAGAAAGCACUGGAUUAUCCCGGAUCAUUUCUGGCAUUGACGGUCUCUCCCUUGGUGGGAACAUGAAAGUACACUCCAUUGACAAGACGAUAGAGAACAAUUAUGCAGAAGAUGGAAGUCCAGCAACAACAAAUUAUAUGACUCAGGGAGAUAAACUUCGUGCCUUAAAAAGCAGGAGACAACCACGAUCAGCAACAACAGGAACAUUAAGGUUAGAUGAUAUGAAAAUUCAUUCGAGAUCUCCAUCACAACCAUUCAGAGUCAAUUCUUCAAGUACUAGCCAAGGAUCAAUGUCACCUCUGAAAUCUUCAAAGAUCUCAAUGAAUUACCCAAGUGCUAGAAGAAUUAGCAGAAACACCCUAUCCAUGAACAGUAAUCUAAAAAGCUUCUCCAUAAACUCCAGGCUAGGCAGUUCACUAGGGAAUAUCUAUGCUGCCCCUGACGAAACUGAGAACGUUAUGACAUCAACUCCUAGGACAAGUUUUACACCUGUUUAUCCCUCCAACCAGCUGUAUAGCAGCUCGCAGCUUCCUGCGAGGUAUUAUCAUGAACUGAACAACAACUACCACAGCAAAUGCAACAGUGGCACUACCUGCAAUAUUCCCAUCAAUAAUUAUACCAGCCCGAAGGAUGAUUACAACGGUAGAUCCACCUGCAGUGGCCUCGGUCCUGUCACCAUGCGAUACCUAAGCCGUUCACACCCCUCACUUCAAUCUGAAUAUGUUCAGUACUAAAGCAUCACUACUUCGCUGAAAAUGGAAUAUAUUGUGGCUGAAAAAGCAAAGAAACUGAAGUGAAGAUUAAUCUUCCUGGGCUAGAAGCUAGGCAACCUUAAUGUUUAAAGACUUGUAAAUGGCCAGUAAUUGCUGCAUUGCAUUGGCAAUACUUUGAGAAGGACUUUUCUUCAGCUUGCAUCAAGUAUUGGGAGCUGAUAAAUCAAAAGCAAUGCAAAACUUUAAGAUUCCAGUUGAUGACUAGUUUUGUUUUUUUUUUUGCUAUACUGUUAUUUAUGGGAAUUUAACUAACAUUUAAGAACAUCUAAAUUUAACUAUUAAGGGAUGCCUGGCGGUGGAAUAGCUGCAAAUAAGGCAAGGCUUUAUAAAUUUGGGAACUUUGAAUUCUUAUAAAGAACCCUGCAAUGUCCUGAAUAAAAGUUAAACUUUGGGAAUAUAGUAACCCCCUACAAUGAGCUAUUUAAAAGGUGUGUUAUAGCAAGCGGCAUGUAGAAAGAGAUUCUUUUGUACCUCUUUCACAGCUGUAAAUUGUAACCUAGUUGCUGUAGCAGUGGAGAGUUAGUCUCUCAAUCCCAGGAUCUGGAAGUCUGAAUUCUAGGUUUAGCUGUCAGCUGCACUUUCCUGCGCCAAUUGUCACUAGUUCUGACCAAGCUGCUUAAUGGAGCAUCUUGUGCCAACAAUAUCCUCCAUCUAGUGCCUGGAGAAGCACUGUGAUCCGCUUACAGAAAGAAGCGUUAAUGUUGGCUGUGAGGAAAUCCAUUGUUCAAAUUGCUGCACCCUUAAGGCCAUUUAAAACAAAUCCAAUAAUCAGGCAUUGGAUUGGAAGAAAGGAUGAGGUUUAGGGUAGGAAAUGAAAUUAAAAGAGCACCAUAAACAAUGAUCCCAAAUUAGAUGGCCAGAAAUUUUUGAUGGCUUAUUCUAUGCUGUAUAAAAUGGGAGAGCACCAGAAAAGAAUGCAAAAUAAAUAUAACAUUAAAAAAUUUCUGAUGCAGAUGCAUUUUAAUUACAAAAGAGCUGUUUACAGCAUUUUUUUAAUGCUGAAUUUACAACUCUGAUGUUAAACAGCCAGAUCAGGUAAUAUUUUGAACUGUUAAUUAAAAUAUCUCAAGCCUAAUGUAAAUGUGCAGCUACAUUUUAAGGUGUGAAAUUUGACACUUUUAUGCAAAGUUAACUUAGUUUUAUUUUUGAUUCCAAGACCAGCUUUAUAACAUUGUUAAUUAUUUUCACUUUGAUAGAAAUAUAUAUAUAUAUAUAUAUAUAUAUAUAUUUGGUAUCCUAAAUGAAAUUAUUGUGCUUUCCCUGUUCAUCCCAGGCGUUCUAAUGUAUUAACAUUUCAGUGCUUCAGUAAAAGUACCAUUCAGGUAAUGGUGAUAAAAUUCAAAAGUACUUCCUUUAAUUUGCUCUUUGUGAACUGUGUAUAAUUCAGAAUAUAAAAGUUUUUGACAGCAUUGUAUAAUAUUUUUUCAGUAAUAGGAAGUCUAUAAAUGAAAUGUCCAUAUUCAGAAAUAAAUUACUUCAGUUGAUAAGCAAUAUGUAAAGAUACUUAAGAAAAAUCCAUUAAAUUGGUGGUUUAAACCAACCAGAUGGUCAGUUGGAAUGUGUAAAGCAAAGCCUUUGAUUUUUAAAAAUAUCGAUUUUAAAGAAAUAUUUUGCAAAUGAACUUGAGCAAAAUCUUGUUUGUAGUGUUAUCAAUAUAUUAAAAUUAUUUUAAUAUAAUUGCAGCUGUCAAAAGAAUCAUUGUGAAGUGUUUGUUUAUAGUAUACUUAUUGUAAUGUUUGCUGUUUGAAAUGAUGGUUGUACAUUUUAACAUUACAUGUGGGCAGCAGAAAUGUUUUGUCAAGAUUCUACCUCUUGAAAAAUUAUGUUUGGAAGAUAUAGAGCUUAAAAGCACAUAUAUUUUUCAUGCUGUGUAUAAAGGAGUUUUUAAAAUGUUUAUACUUAACUUUCUAACUAUAGGCCAGUAUUCCUUUUUUUAAAUUGUAUCCAAAUAAUUAAAGUUUCACUUCAAAUAU